AUGUAUGCCUAGGUCGGAAUUCGAACCUUUCGUAAGGUUCAAAUAGUUAUGGUUUAAUUUAACGGUUUAAUAAAAACUUUCCAUAUAAUUACGAUUUAAUUGGUUUUAUCCGAUUAUAUACGGGUAUUUUUAUCUUUCAGUGUUUUUUUUAGUAUUUAAGAGCGAUUAUUUUCCGUUCAUAAAAACAAGAGAUAAUAGAAGUUACGAUUAGAUUAAUUUCCAGGAUCGGAUACGUAAUUUAUUUUUGUCCUUUAGUUUAUAUGAUAAUUAGGAGGGCAGUACCAUUUCUCAAGUACAGGUCGUUGGUUUGUAGAACCAUGUCGAAUUUGGAUCUGGCUAAGAAGAAAGCUGCUUAUCAAGCAGUCGAUGAUUUUGUCCAGGAUGGAACAAAACUCGGUGUCGGGAGUGGAUCGACUAUAGUGUACGCUGUGGAACGCCUGGUACAGAAAGUGAAAGAUGAGGGCAUCAAAGUCGUCUGUGUACCCACAUCGUUUCAAGCACAUCAACUAAUCGUACAGAAUAAUUUGGUCCUUGGAAGCUUGGAAACAUACCCUGAAUUGGAUGUUGCCAUUGACGGAGCAGAUGAAGUCGAUGAAAAAUUUACUCUCAUCAAAGGUGGUGGAGGUUGUCAGACACAAGAGAAAAUUGUGGCAUCUUGUGCCAAAAGGAUGGUUGUUGUUGGUGACUACACGAAAAAUUCUAUGAAGCUUGGUGAACAAUAUAAAAAAGGUAUUCCAAUUGAAGUGAUCCCUCUCGCUCAUGUGCCAGUCGCAAGGAAACUUGAAAAGAAAUUCGGUGGCAAAACUGAAUUGAGAAUGGCAAAAAUGAAAAUGGGUCCGGUUGUGACAGACAAUGGCAAUUUCAUAAUAGACUGGCAUUUUCCAGAUGGCAAUACAGACUGGGAAAAAGUCAAUAAAGAAAUUACAUUGUUCCCAGGAGUUGUCGAAACUGGACUUUUUGUAGAGAUGGCCGACAUUGCUUACUUCGGCCAAGCGGAUGGAACAGUGAAAAUUCGCAAAAAAUGAUUUGUUUACAAUUUAUAUUUGUAUAAUAACAAUAAAUGAUUUUUGAUAAUUCGUUAUAAUA